UCCUCUGAUUUAAGUCUUUCAGGCCUUGUAGCCAGCAGGAUCGAGAGCUUUCUGAGAGCAGUAUGUCUCUGGAUGGUGUGUGGGCUCCACAGACAGCAAACAUAGGGGACGGACCUGCCAAGAAAGCUAGUGACCAGGCCUCCAUGCAGACACAGGUCCUCCAAACCGCUUCCCUAAAAGAUGGCCCAGCAAAAAGGGCGGUAUGGGUCCGUCGGGACAAUGCUGAGACAGAAGACCCUGUUAAGUCAACUAUGUCCAAGGAUAGGCCAAGACUAGAGGUAACCAAAGCAGUGGUUGUGGACCUGGGCACUGGCUUCUGUAAAUGUGGCUUUGCUGGCCUGCCAAAGCCCACUCAUAAGAUCUCAACAACAGUGGGCAAGCCCUACAUGGAGACGGCCAAGACUGGGGAUAAUCGCAAAGAGACGUUUGUGGGGCACGAGCUCUUUAACCCAGAUAUACAUCUCAAGCUGGUCAACCCCCUGCGUCAUGGCAUCAUUGUGGACUGGGACACAGUACAGGACAUCUGGGAAUACCUCUUCCGACAGGAGAUGAAGAUCGCCCCAGAGGAACACGCGGUCCUGGUUUCAGACCCACCCCUGAGUCCUCAUACCAACAGAGAGAAGUAUGCCGAGAUGCUGUUUGAGACCUUCAACACACCUGCAAUGCACAUCGCCUACCAGUCCCGCCUGUCCAUGUACUCCUACGGACGCACCUCUGGCCUGGUGGUGGAGGUUGGACAUGGUGUGUCCUAUGUGGUCCCCAUCUAUGAGGGUUAUCCUUUGCCCAGCAUCACGGGGAGGCUAGACUAUGCAGGUUCUGACCUAACCACCUACCUGAUGAACCUGAUGAACAACUCUGGAAAACACUUCUCUGAGGACCAUCUCGGUAUUGUGGAGGACAUCAAGACGAGGUGCUGCUUCGUGGCCCUGGACCCCAUUGAAGAGAAGAAAAUCCCUGCCCCUGAACAUGAGAUCCAUUAUACCCUGCCUGAUGGGAAAGAGGGACCCACUGUGGAAAGAGAGAAGAACACCCUGAAAGUUGUCCUCUGA